AUGUCUUUCAGUGCAGUAUACGUCAAGAUCAUUGACUCAGCUGUCAGAAGCCAACAUACGGACGUGGCCAUGCGACCUCAGUACAGCCGUGGUCGAAGGCCCGCAAUACUCAUCGGAUUCAGCAUCGCUUUCCGAACAAGCGCAUCAGCCAUGCGGUGUACGCCUUGUACACUCAGUCUACCAUCGCAAGGCCGCUUGAUCGAUCCGUCCAUGAUGAAGAUGAGAAGUUGGACGAUUUUGGGUUCCUGGCGCCCGAUGUCGAAUCUGCUGCUAUCGAAGACGGUCGUCAAAAGUCUUGCGAGCGUGUCCGAAAAGCCACCCGAGCUACUUCGGAAACGUGGACGUCGCUGGACCAGAGACGACGAGGCGCAUAUGGUUGCGGAAUAUCGGAAAGGGAUCUCUAUCGGCGACAUUGCCAGUAAAUUGGCCCGAACCUCGCAGAGCGUAGUCGGAAAGCUCUAUCAGCUGGGUGUCCCGUUACGUGCUAGGCGUAUCCUACCAUGGACCACCGAAGACUUGCGAAUCAUGGAACACUCUGUUUCUGAGGGCCAAAGUUUCGCAGCAAUCGCAAAGCUUCUUGGACGUACAGAGUUGAGCGUGCUCGCGAAACACAAGACCCAAGGCCAAGUUUUAGGACGAUUCUGGACUGAGCUGGAGGUCGAGCAGCUUACAGAGCUGAAACGUCAACAAGCCACGAUAGAGGAUAUCUGUGCUCACUUCCCACACCGCAGUCGAAGAUCACUGGUGGUCAAAGCAUGGCGGCUGGGACGUCGAACCCCGCAGACUGUGGCAAUGGCCAUACCCUGGUCCUCAGAGGAGGCAUAUCUGGCGCUGAAACUCAGAGAUCGUUACAAGUUAUCCUGCCGGCUGGUCGCAAGUCUACUUGGGACAAAGCGUAGCACCGACUCGGUCGCAACAAAGAUCUAUCUACUGAAGCGAGCUUCCACCACGGAUAAGGAGGAUGGCGGACUGAUCACACGCUGA